CACCCCGAGGGAAGCGCAGCUGGAAGCCUUUUCACGCCAUCCUGAAGGGAAUGAUUCUCUACCUGCAGAAGGAGGAGUAUAAGCCAGGGAAGGCACUGGCAGAAGAGGAGCUGAAGAAUGCAAUUAGCAUCCACCAUUCACUUGCCACACGGGCAUCUGACUACAGCAAGCGACCCAAUGUCUUCUACCUCAGGACAGCUGACUGGAGAGUCUUCCUCUUCCAAGCACAGAACCCUGAACAGAUGCACUCGUGGAUCACGCGCAUCAAUGUGGUGGCAGCCAUGUUCUCCGCACCCCCCUCCCCCGCAGCCAUCGGCUCCCAGAAGAAGUUCAGCCGCCCGUUGCUGCCCAGCUCCUGUACCAGGCUGUCCCAGGAGGAGCAGGUGAAGAACCAUGAGACUAAGUUCAAGACGAUGUCAGCGGAGCUGCUGGAACAUCGCUCCUCACUGCCCGAGAAGAAGGUGAAGGGCAAAGAGUAUGAGGAGUUGAAGCAGAAGGAAGAGUACCUGGAGUUUGAGAAAUCCCGCUACGGCACCUACGCCAUGCUGCUGCGGGCCAAGCUGAAGGCCGGCUCCGAGGACCUGGCAGCAUUCGAGUCCACCCUCUUUGACGCAGCGGGUGGGGAGGACGACGGCCUGAAAAAGUCCCGCUCUAGUCCCUCUCUCAACGCAGAGCCCUCCGGCACGGCCGCCAAGGUGAA